AUGGCAUCAGUCGAACACUGCCUCUACUGCUUCGAAACCCUAGCCGCCGAGCUCCAAGGCCGCAAGCCCAUGACCCUCGACCAAAUCAAGAAAUCAUGGGCCGAAUACAUUUCCUCAACAACACCAGCAGCAGCAACAACAACAUCCGAGGCAAGCAGCAGCAGCAGCAGCAGCAGCAGCGAAGCAGCAGUUAAACAAUCCCCCGCCCUCCGCCGGCUGGCAGCCUCAUCUUCCUCGUCCACGUCCUCCUCCUCGAGCUCCCUCUCCCUAACCUCCUCAACCCCAGCAACAUCCCUCUCCUCCUCCCCUGCGCCCCCAGAAGGAGAAGAGGUCGCUUCCAGCAGCCCCCUCUUCGUAACCUGGAACACGAACCACCCCCGCCACGGGUACAUCCUCCGCGGCUGCAUCGGCACAUUCGAACCCCAACCCCUCGCCACAGGGCUCUCCUCUUACGCGCUGAUUUCGGCCCUGCAGGACAGCAGGUUCCAUCCGAUUUCGUCGUCGGAGCUGCCAAAGCUGCAGGUUGCUGUUACCUUGCUCACGGACUUUGAGGAUGCAAAGGAUAAGAUGGAUUGGGAGCUGGGGAAGCACGGGAUCAGGAUCAGUUUUUAUGAGCGGGGGAGACGGUACGGGGCUACGUAUUUGCCCGACGUGGCUACCGAGCAGGGGUGGACAAAGGAGGAGACGUUGGUCAGCUUGAUGAGGAAGGCCGGGUGGUCGGGGAAGGAGGAGGGGUGGGAGGGGGUGGAUUUGAGGGUUGUGAGGUAUCAGGGGCGGAAGGAGAAGUUGGAGUAUGAGGCUUACAAGGAGUGGAGGGAGUGGGUUGAGGAGCAGCAGGGGAGGGAAUAG